CUCUGGCUAAAUCUGGUCCGCCAGCCAAAGCAGCUAUAGUAGAGAGGCCUCUGCCUGUACUUCCUGCGUAUGCCACAAGUUUACAGUACAUAUCAGCUCAUUUGUGUUCAGGCAAGCUAGUUGCUACUUUCACCAGAUGCACAUGUCGGCUGGUGUGUCCAGAUGACUCAUCAGGAGCAGCAGGAGAUCCUGUUUAGGGAGAGCCUGGAGGCAGCUAUGUCCUGGAUGUUGGCCGUCCAGGAGCGGCUCCGGCUCAACGACAACACCCAGGGCCCCGGGCUGCCCUGGAGGCCAGACUCAGAGGAGACAGAGAAAAUCCACCAGUCGGAGCACGAGGGUCAUGUGAAGUUUGACAAGGUGCUUGUAGCUGCAGAGGUCUUACUGCAGAACGGUAACCAGGGGACGAGGAACAUCACCCACGCCAGACUCAAAGAACUCAAAGCAUUAUGGGAGGACACCUGCACCUACAUCAUCCACUGCCACAGCCGUAUAGAGUGGGUGUGGCUGCACUGGAGUGAGUACCUGAAGGCGCAUGGGGAGUUUGAGAUGUGGCUGGUCAGUGUGCGUCGCAGUCUGGAGCCGGAGGUGGAGCUGCAGCUGGGGGUCAAGGAGAAAUUGUGGCAGGUAGAAAACCAGCGCAUCCUGCUGAGUGACGUCCAGAACCAGGCACUGUUGCUGGAGAGGCUGGUGGACGAGGCUGCAGCGCUGCACAACCGCAUCCAGGAUCCCAGUGUGGACCAGGAAGCACAGGAGAGACUCCAGCUGGCCUAUAACAGCAUACGGGACAAGGCUGAGGUAUUUUUCCUUAUUUCUCUCUGUUGGUAUUCCUCCACUCAGAACAUCCGGAAUACUUUAUUGGCAGAGGAAUCCCAGGUGGAGCACCUCAAGGCCCAGCUUAAAGAACUCUUCCGCUUUUCCCAAGAUUCCCAGCAUCUCUCUGUCGACGUCCUGGCUGUGGUGAAGGAACAGCAGAGUGUGAAGUGUCGUGCUGUGAAGCUAUGUGUGGAGUCAGAGUUGGGGCUGAGACAAGUGCUGCAGGACCCUCUGCAUGGAUUCUCUCAGUGGAGUCAGGUUGUCUCUCAAGUGCUGGAGUCUUCUGCUGAAGUGUCUGAGUUCUCACACGUCGCCAUGCUGGUGCAGAACAUCCAGAGGUUGCUGAAGCACAGUCUGCAGCUGCAGGAGCAGUUGCGUUUGAUGCUGUUGAAGAGAGAUCUGCUGUGUUCAGUGUUCGGCUCAGACAGAGCAGAGAGUCUAAUGACAGAGCUCAAUGACACCGUGAGGAGCAGGGAGUUACUGCACAACCAGCUGCUGCAGAGGAAAGCAAGACUGCAGGGUUUGAUCUCAAGGACAAAAGACUUUGGGGACGCCUGCAAGUCAAUCAGGAACAAGCUGACCCUGCUGAGGGAGAGACUGAUCUCAGCAGACAGCCUCCAGCCAGACAUACUGGCCAAGAAGAGCCAGUCAGACCAGCAACGGGUGAUCAAGAAGGACUUGGAGGACUGUGAGGCCCACAUCACAGCUCUGGAGACUCUGGUGUCGUCUAGCUCUGCUAACAGGACACAGUUUGAGAGGCUUUACGGGGACUGGAGAAUCCUUUACAAGUCGGUCAGGGUAAAGGUGAAGGAGAGUGAGGAGAACAUCGGGGAGCACGAGAGUUUCCACGAGAGCCUGCUGAACGUGGAGAAGUGGCUGAUGAUUAUGAGGCAGAAGCUGGAGUCCUACCGCAGUUCUACUGGGGAGUGGAGCCUGGACAACAGACAGCAAGAGGCUGAGAGGGCACUAGGUGAGUUCCCAGAGAAGGAGCUGCAGCUGRACCAGARAGAMGUGCAGGGCCAGGGGGUGCUGGAGAGGACCUCUGAGGAGGGCCGGGUGCACAUCCUCAGGGACAUGAAGCACCUGAGGGAGUCCUGGAUGGCCCUCCAUGACCUCAGCCUCAACCUCUUCAGGCUGCUGAAUGGGCACAGCUCUGAGGACCCUGACUUAGACACCCAGAGGGAGAGGGUGAGAGGCCAGGCUGGGGAGAGGGCAGGCCCAGGCAGGGAGCUCUUUCCUGGGGAGGGAGGAGACAUGAUCAAGGGUAGUGGCUCCAGCAGCAGUAGGGAGGGUGCUCUAGAGAGAUCCCCAGGAGAGGGCCAUGGGGUCUGGCUCUCUCAGAGCUCUGGGGUGGGGGCUGGGAGAGGGGGAAGAACAGGGUUAGGAGGAAGGUUGGAGCAAGGGGAAGGAGUGGAGAGUUUUGGAGCAGAAGAGGGUAUUUGGGUCGAGGGAGCGUUUGAGGGCAGUAUGGAGGUUAUGGAUCUCUCUGAACAUGGAGAGAGACAGGGCAGGGAUCGACAGACUCUUGGUCAACAACUGAGUCCUAUGACGUUAACCUUGGCGGGCAGUCAGAGACGGGGACAGGGCGGUGGGAGUGGAAGCAGGGAGAGGGAAAGGGAGAAGGAGAGGGGUGGCGGUGAGCACAGCCUGGGUGUAGAAGAGGUGGACUCCUCCAUCGUUUGGAGAGGGGGGUACGGUCAGAGGGGAGAGGAGGGAACCACAGGGAUGACAUCAGGCCACACAGUGGGCAGAAGCACCCAUGGUGGAGGAGGAGGGGGGGUGGUGGUGGUGGACUCUGGCUCCAGGGUUAGCGGUUGGUGGGGGGAGGACUGCUGGCUCCAGGUUAGCGGCGGUGGUGGCGGACUCUGGCUCCAGGGUAGCGGGGGGGCAUGA